GUCAUCUUCUUUUAUUAGGUCACUUAAUUGUUUUGAACUUAGUUGGCCAUGGCGCAAAAAUUCAUCCUUCUUCCAGAAGCCAAAACCAAGAUCAAAGAAUCCACUUAAAUGUGGUGGAGGUACACGCCGAGGAAAAAGUUCUUUUGUUGAGCACCGGACAUUUCUUCAUCUAUAUCACAGCUUUCAUCGAUUGUGGAUAUUUCUUGUUAUGAUGUUCCAGGGACUCACAAUUCUGGCAUUUAACAAUGGACAAUUCAACUCCAAGACUCUGCGGCAAGUUCUUAGUCUUGGGCCAACUUAUGUACUGAUGAAGUUUAUUGAAAGUUCUUUGGAUGUGCUUAUGAUGUAUGGCGCGUAUUCAACAACAAGACGCCUAGCUUUGUCAAGAAUUUUUCUUCGUUUCAUUUGGUUCACUAUUGUUUCAGUUGUUGUAUGUUUCAUUUAUGUGAAAUCUCUCAAAAGUUCGGCUAUUGUCAGAUUAUAUGUGAUUGUUGUAGGCAUCUAUGGUGGUCUCCAAUUUUUUGUUAGUUUCCUAAUGCGGAUACCAGCAUGCCACCGCCUGACUAAUCAAUGUGAUCGUUGGUCUUUGAUGCGCUUUAUCAAUUGGAUGCGCCAGGAACGGUACUACGUUGGACGUGGCAUGUAUGAGAGGACCACUGACUUCAUGAAAUAUAUGCUUUUUUGGCUUGUUGUCUUGGGCGUAAAAUUUGUGUUUGCAUAUUUUCUCCAGAUCAAGCCGUUAGCUGAGCCAACAAAGAUAAUAGUUGCUAUGAACAGUCUAACAUAUUCUUGGCAUGAUUUCGUAUCAAAACAUAACCAUAAUGCUUUGACAGUUGCUAGUUUAUGGGCUCCAGUGGUUGCUAUGUAUCUGCUAGAUAUUUACUUGUUUUACACCAUUAUAUCUGCCAUUUGGGGAUUCUUGCUUGGGGCAAGAGAUCGUCUUGGAGAGAUUAGAUCUUUGGGAGCUGUUCACAAGCUUUUUGAAGAAUUUCCUGGAGCUUUUAUGAACACUCUUCAUAUUCCUCUCCCUGAUAGGACUUCACAGAGUUCUUCCAGCCCGGUUGUGGAGAAGAACAAGGUUGAUGCUGCUCGUUUCUCUCCUUUUUGGAAUGAAAUUGUCAAAAAUCUAAGGGAGGAGGAUUAUAUAACUAACUCGGAGAUGGAUUUACUUUUAAUGCCUAAAAACAAAGCGAAUCUUCCCUUGGUUCAGUGGCCCCUGUUUCUUCUUGCUAGCAAGAUAUUUUUGGCUAAAGAUAUUGCUGCAGAUGAUAGAGUUUCACAAGAUGAGCUCUGGGAUAGGAUUCAGAGGGAUGAAUACAUGAAAUAUGCAGUUCAAGAGUGCUACUAUAUCCUCCAACUUGUACUGAAAGAAAUACUGGUUGAUGAAGGAAGGAAGUGGGUUGAGAAGAUAUAUGAACACAUUGAAAGAAGUAUAGCAAACAAGAGAAUCCAUGAUGACUUUCAGCUAAAUAAGCUGACACAAGUUAUUUCACGAGUUACUGCACUAUUAGGAAUUCUGAAAGGGGCCGAAACACCAGAGCUUGAAAAAGGGGCAGUUAAGGCUGUUCAGGAUCUCGAUGAUGUUAUGCGGCUUGAUGUCCUUCUUGUUGAUAAAAGGGAACACUAUGAAGCAUGGAAUUUUCUAGCAAAAGCUCGAACUGACGGUCGUCUUUUUGCCAAGUUGAACUGGCCCAGGGAUCCUGAGCUGAGAGCACUGAUCAAGAGAUUGCAUUCACUAUUAACCAUCAAAGAUUCAGCUUCAAAUAUUCCCAAAAAUCUUGAAGCAAGACGUAGGCUGCAAUUCUUCACAAAUUCACUUUUCAUGAAUAUGGCUCCAGCAAAACCUGUCCGUGAGAUGUUGUCAUUCAGUGUGUUCACUCCAUACUACUCUGAGAUAGUGCUGUAUAGUCUGGAUGAAUUGUUGAAGAAGAAUGAGGACGGAAUAUCUAUUUUGUUUUACCUCCAGAAAAUAUAUCCUGAUGAGUGGAAAAACUUUCUUGCUCGAAUUGGCCAUGAUGAAAUUGUAUCAGAUUCAGAUCUUUUUGAAAGUGCUAAUGAUGUGCUUGAACUUCGGUUUUGGGCAUCAUACAGAGCACAAACACUAGCAAGAACUGUACGUGGUAUGAUGUAUUAUCGGAAAGCUCUUAUGCUUCAAACUUAUUUGGAGAGAAUAAGUGCUGGAGAUAUGGAGGCUGCUAUCUCUAGCAAUGAUGCAACUGAAACUAAAGGCUUUGAGUUGUCACCUGAAGCACGGGCACAAGCAGAUCUCAAAUUUACUUAUGUUGUUACAUGCCAAAUAUAUGGAAGACAAAAGGAGGAGCAAAAGCCUGAAGCUGCAGAUAUUGCAUUGCUUAUGCAAAGGAAUGAAGCUCUUCGUGUUGCUUUCAUUGAUGUUGUUGAGACUCUAAAGGAUGGAAGAGUGCACACUGAAUACUUUUCAAAGCUUGUAAAGGCUGAUAUCAAUGGAAAGGAUAAGGAAAUUUAUUCUAUAAAAUUGCCUGGAGACCCAAAACUUGGUGAAGGAAAACCUGAGAAUCAAAACCAUGCUAUUAUAUUUACUCGGGGAAAUGCAAUUCAGACAAUUGACAUGAAUCAGGAUAAUUAUUUUGAGGAAGCUUUGAAGAUGAGAAAUCUUCUUGAGGAAUUCAAUUGUGAUCAUGGUAUACGUCCUCCUACUAUUCUUGGGGUUAGAGAACAUGUAUUUACUGGAAGUGUCUCCUCAUUAGCUUCUUUCAUGUCUAACCAAGAAACCAGCUUUGUAACUCUAGGCCAGCGUGUUUUGGCAAAUCCUCUCAAGGUUCGAAUGCAUUAUGGUCAUCCAGAUGUUUUUGAUAGAGUUUUUCAUAUAACAAGGGGUGGAAUCAGCAAGGCCUCUCGUAUUAUCAACAUCAGCGAAGAUAUUUAUGCUGGAUUCAAUUCAACUUUACGACAAGGAAAUAUCACUCAUCAUGAAUAUAUUCAAGUCGGCAAAGGUAGAGAUGUUGGCCUGAAUCAGAUUGCCAUAUUUGAGGGGAAGGUAGCUGGUGGUAAUGGUGAACAGGUUCUUAGUCGAGAUGUAUACAGGCUUGGGCAGCUCUUUGAUUUCUUUCGAAUGAUGUCAUUCUACUUUACCACAGUGGGGUACUAUUUCUGUACAUUGCUAACAGUGUUGACAGUGUACUUUUUCCUUUAUGGAAAGGCAUAUUUGGCACUAUCAGGAAUUGAUGAAACAUUAAAGGUGAGAGCUGAGAUAUUGCAAAACACUGCACUGACUGCUGCUCUAAAUACACAGUUUCUCUUUCAAAUUGGUAUUUUUAGUGCUGUGCCAAUGAUACUGGGCUUCAUCCUGGAACUGGGUUUCCUAAAGGCUGUUGUGGGUUUCGUCACGAUGCAGCUGCAGCUUUGUACUGUUUUUUUCACAUUUUCACUGGGUACAAAAACCCAUUAUUUUGGUCGGACAAUCCUUCAUGGCGGUGCUAGGUACCAAGCUACUGGUAGGGGUUUUGUUGUUCGGCAUAUUAAAUUUUCUGAGAAUUACAGACUAUACUCCCGCAGCCAUUUUGUCAAAGGACUCGAAGUUGUUCUCUUAUUGGUGGUAUACGUUGCAUAUGGAUAUACAGAGGGUGCAAUAUCCUACAUUCUUCUUUCUAUCAGCAGUUGGUUUAUGGCUCUUUCCUGGCUUUUUGCUCCAUAUUUAUUCAAUCCAUCUGGCUUUGAGUGGCAAAAGACUGUGGAGGACUUCAGAGAUUGGACAAAUUGGUUACUUUACCGAGGAGGAAUUGGAGUUAAGGGACAAGAAAGCUGGGAAGCUUGGUGGGAAGAAGAACUGGCACACAUCCGGACUCUAGAAGGAAGGAUAAUGGAGACAAUUUUAAGUCUAAGGUUUUUUAUAUUCCAAUAUGGCAUUGUCUACAAGUUACAUGUACAAAGGAACAGUACGUCUUUGACGGUAUAUGGCUUUUCAUGGAUAGUGUUUGCCGUGCUUAUAGUCCUUUUCAAGGUAUUCACUUUCAGCCAGAAGAUUUCAGUUAAUUUUCAGCUUCUUCUGCGGUUCAUCCAAGGCCUCUCCUUUUUGUUGGUGCUGGCUGGUCUGGCCAUAGCUGUCAUAGUUUCAAGUUUGUCUAUAACAGACAUAUUUGCUUGCAUUCUAGCCUUCGUACCCACUGGUUGGGGAAUUAUUUGUAUUGCUGCUGCUUGGAGGCCUCUGGUGAAGAAACUGGGACUGUGGAAGUCAAUUCGUUCCUUAGCCCGUUUAUACGAUGCUGGGAUGGGAAUGCUGGUAUUUAUUCCAGUUGCAUUUUUAUCAUGGUUCCCAUUUGUUUCAACCUUCCAGACAAGGCUCAUGUUCAACCAAGCCUUUAGCAGAGGAUUGGAAAUCUCCCUCAUCCUUGCAGGAAACAAUCCAAACACCGGACUAUGAUCACAAUACCGACCCUUUUAGGUAUCAUUGUACAUUAUUGUCUUCUAUUUUGAAAAUUAUUUGUGGGCAGCGGUGAAUCUCUUCGAAUGCAAACUCACCAAAGAUGCUUUUACACGCUUAUUUACCUUGGUGUUGAAAUCCGAGUUAGUUUGUUUAUAGGAUGGUAUAUUUUUCUUGGAGGUUCGUUUGCAAAGUUAAACAUAUGUUGACAAGCCAAGGUAUUUUACUUUUUGCAAAGUUUGAAUAUAUACCCUCGAAAUUUCUUUAUAUCUUGAUUCUUUUGAUUCCGCGGCUAUCAAUUAUUCUCUAUGCUGAUUUCCAUAAUGCAAUUGGUGUGAUUUUUCACUGCAUAUCUUUGUAUUGCCAUAGAACAUUUGUUGCAAUUCUAUUUUCUGUUGGUAUUCACUUUGAUGCAUGUUACUGUUUCUCUCUGACCAAAUAUCACUUUUCUUGUUUAGUGGAAUCCAUUUCAUGUUCUUGAUUUCAGUAGUUUCUUUGGCUUUGAAUAUUUCUUGUAUUAUAAAUGACCUUGCAUAAC